CCUGUCGGGCGGGUGCUCAGGGCACUAGUGGCCGGCCGGGUGUGGAGCUCCCGGCCGGCGCCAUGGAGGGGCUGCGGCGGGGCCUGUCGCGCUGGAAGCGCUACCACAUCAAGGUGCAUCUGGCGGACGAGGCGCUACUGCUGCCGCUCACGGUACGGCCGCGCGACACGCUCAGCGACUUGCGCGCCCAGCUGGUGGGCCAGGGUGUGAGCUCUUGGAAGCGUACCUUCUACUACAACGCGCGGCGACUGGACGACCACCAGACGGUGCGCGACGUGUGUCUACAGGACGGCUCCGUGCUGCUGCUCGUCAGUGACCCCAGGUAGUCUGGGCUGGAGGAGGUGGAGCCAUGACUGAGGGGACUGAAGAUGCCCGCUAAAGGAGCAGGCUGGGGCGGGAAAGCCUUUGGGAGGUUCUGGGUGGACUGUGAAACACUGGCCUGACCAGCUGAUGCCCACGGCCUGGGACACUCCUGAUGGAGCCCCGCUCCCUGACACUGAACUAGGACGUUGUCUCCCUAGCCUGUCACCUGCUGUGUGACCUGAGGCCAUGGCUCCCCCGGGGACUCCGAGUACCCAGUCUGCAGCGGGAACCACUGCACCACCUCGGCAGGCUCCCGCGCACAGCCAGGGGAUAUCCUACGAAGAGGCGCACAGAGACAAGAGAGGAGCUCAGGGCAGCGCCUCCCCUGCUGUGCCCAUUCUCUCGGCCACACCUUUGCCCGAGCUGUGCCCCCUGCCUAAAGCACCUUUCACACUCCUCUCUGUGGCUCCAACCCACCUGGGAUUCCAGCCUCCUCCAGGAAGUCUUCUCGGAUGCCCUCCUGCCCAGCCACUGAGCACCUUGUCCUUUUUUGGACCCCCACAAAUCCCUUCUACUGUGAACGGCCUUGACUGUGGGGUACGACCAGUCACUCAGGAAAUCUCAAUGACUAAAGGUGGAGACUGGGGGACCCUCGCCCUCUCCCAGUUUCCAGCGUCGCCCUGUGUCCCCCACCCUCACCCCCAAACACCUCCACAUGUUGCAGUCUGUGUCCACACCCUUGGAGGUGGCCUCCUCAUAAUGCCUUGCCACCCUGUCCCCUGCACGGGCUCUCCCGAUUGGGUCUGAAGUGUUCUGGUCCAGUAGGCAGCCAUCUGGGGGCCCCUGUACCUGGCAGAGUGCUGAGGCGUGGGUGGUAAUGUUUUCUUUCCCACCCCACUUUGUUUUUAUUGUGACAAUAAAACACAUUUUUGUCUGGUCCCAAUGCCACAGAUAAGCCUGCAGCCCCCAGACUCCGUACCAUUGGCGACUCGGGUCAGUCCAUCAUGGCUGCGGCCGCUCCCCCUGCCUUUCAGCCCCUGGGCUUCCUGUGUCCUGGGUGGUAAUCUUGGGGGCUAGCCAGGCAGUGUAUUGUGGGAAUUCUGGGGACAAGACACUUCCCCCUGCCAACAAGCUGAGCCUCUGUUGGAUCUCUCACCCUCAGUCACAUGGCCUCGUGGCCUGUGGCCUCGUGGCCUUGGGUCCUUUGCACAGACCCAGGGAGGCUGGUGGGGAGAGGGCGCAGCGCCCUUUGCAAGGCCUGGGGAAGGUGUUCACUCUCCAGGUGCUGGUGUGGCGCAGGGAAGAGGCAUGGGAGCCGGGAAGAAAUAAUGUUUUAAUUAAGAGUUCUGUUGGCUGCAAGGCCCAGAGAAGAGACAGGUAGAUAAAAAUUCAUGGCUGUGGGGAUAGUGAGCUCAGACAGCCAAGAGGGGGUGGGGAGAAGAGACGGGGAGAGGGGGUGCACACUGAGGCCUGAGGUGUGCAUCCCCUGCCCACGCAACGAGAGAGGCAGCCUAGACCCCUGCUCCUGCCAGGUCUGAGCUCCUGUCACCAGGUCACCCACAUAUGUGCACCCGGGGGCCCAUUCUUCCAGGCCUUAGCAGAAAAGUGGGAUUCUUUUUUUAAAAAUUUUUAUUUA